AUGACAAAAUUGGAAUAUCUGCAGCAAGAGCUUUCAUCGAUGAAAUCCCAAGUGCUAGAGCAAGGUAAAGAAAUAACGAAAGGUCGUGCCGAACUAUCGAAGAAACUAACAGAGCAAAUAAGUGAGGUGACAGAAAAUCAAACCAAGGUCUCCCAGUGGCAGAAAGAUGUUGAAAAAUCGAUCACAUCAAUUCGUGACCAGCAAGAUCGUACUUUCAAGCUGUUGGAAAAUACGAAAAACAAGAUACAAAAGCAACAAGAAGAAAUGGGAAAUAUUUUAUCGAACAUGGCACGCAUGCACUUUGGCUCAUUCCCGUCCUGCAAAGAUGUUCCGAUGAAAGUGUCCGGCGCAUAUUUUAUCCGUGCAAACGAGAGGACUCCACCAUUCAGUGCUUAUUGCGAACAGGAUACCAUGGACGGCGGAUGGGUGGUUAUUCAACAACGCACGGACAGGCAACUUAGCUUUGAUGUAUCCUGGGACGAUUACAGAAAUGGAUUCGGUAGCGCUGAAGGAGAUGUUUGGAUUGGCCUGGAGCGUAUGCAUCAUCUUACAAGCACGAAAAACUGGGAUUUGCUAGUAGAGAUGAAGGAUUUUGAAGGAAAUUAUAAGCACGCGCGUUAUAGCGAUUUCAAAAUCGGUAGUGAAGCAGAGAAAUACCGCUUAAAAUCUCUCGGUACAUACAGCGGCAAUGCUGGUGAUGCACUGAAGAAGCAUUUAGGAAGUAUGUUUACUACGAAGGAUCGCGAUAACGACGAAAAACAAGAUCAGAACUGUGCAGAGAAAUAUAAGGGAGGCUGGUGGUACAAAGAUUGUCUCUCUGCUAAUCUGAAUGGAGUAUAUGCAUCGCCCGAUGAUUUACAAACAUCCAAGAUCACUUGGUAUUGGUUCGGCAAGGACUGGCGCAGAUUGAGUUAUACGAGAAUGAUGAUUAGACCAUUGUAG